UACAGGCGGAGGAGCCAGGAACAUGGCUGGUGUUUGUGUCCGUGUGUGAGAGUUUCUCUGGGUGUAAUGCAGCUGAACAGACCCGACACAGACUGCGGUAAGUUCGUCGGUACAUCGGGGGUCCGUCCAUCGGUGUGACCGCCUGUGAGCUCGGAGCAGAGGCGGGGAUGGAGCGGAGCGAGGAGGACGAGAAUGAGAGCAGCUCGUCCCAACAACACAACACGAUGUGGAAACAGUUUCAAGCCAAAGCCAAGCCGCUGCUCAGCCCCAAGCUGGGCUCCAGAGAGCCGGAGGAGAAGAAGGAGAGAGGCAUGUGGAUGUUCAAGAAGAUGAAGCGGAAGGAACACGUCGUCCUGGACCGGGUGAUCUCCUCCUCUCAGCCCGACCUGCUCUUCUCUUCUCAGGUGGAUGGAGACGCCAAGGAGGCUCAGCUCUGCGGCAAAGCGCCCGGAGGCGGCUCCGGGCUCGGCCGGGAGAAGCUGCCGUCCUCCUCCAAGAAGCCCACGGUGGCUUACCUGGUGCAGUCCCACCACAAGAGCUCCUCGCUCGGGUCAGCGGGGUUGGAGAGGCUGGAGAGGCUGGCCGAGCCACCGGGCGGCAGCAGCGGAGGAGGAGAGGCGGCAACAGCUGCAGCAGCGGCUGAGACACAGCUGGAGGAACAGCCGGGUAUGGGUGCUCCGUGCUCCUCUGGGGUCACAUCUGAGCGAGCCAUCCCCAGCCCAGGCAUGUACAAGCUGGAGAUUGAGCUGAAGAGAGGACACAAUCUGGCCGUCAGGGACAGAGGAGGCAGCAGUGAUCCUUAUGUGAAGUUCAAGCUCGCAGGUAAAGAGGUGUUCAGAAGCAAAACCAUCCACAAAAACCUCAACCCAGUGUGGGAUGAGAAAACCACUUUGAUAAUGGAUUGUCUGAGCGACCCUUUGUAUAUAAAGGUGUUUGACUACGACUUCGGCCUUCAGGAUGACUUCAUGGGCUCUGCUUACCUCUACCUGGAGUCUCUAGAGCAGCAGAGGACAAUACCUGUGACUCUGGUGCUGAAGGACCCUCAGCACCCUGACCAGGACCUGGGCUCUCUGGAGCUGGCCGUCACCCUGACACCUAAAGAAAGUCCCAUAGAGGAGCGACGAGGCUCAACGACUAUGCUGCUCAGGAGGUCCUGGAAACGAUCCACUAAGCAGCAGUCAAUGCGUCUCUCAGAGCUUCACCGGAAAUCGCAGCUGUGGCGAGGGAUCGUCAGCAUCGCGCUGAUCGAAGGCCGGGACCUGAUCCCCAUGGACCCCAACGGUCUGAGCGACCCGUACGUCAAGUUCAGACUGGGACCCCAGAAGUACAGGAGCAAGACUGUGCCAAAGACUCUGAGUCCACAGUGGAGGGAGCAGUUUGACCUUCACCUGUAUGAAGAGACCGGAGGAGUGUUGGAGAUCACAGUGUGGGACAGAGACACCGGGAGGAGAGACGACUUCAUUGGACGCUGCCAGUUGGACCUCUCCAAUCUGUCCAAGGAACAAACUCAUCGCUUGGAGCUGCAGCUGGAAGAGUCCAGGGGCAGCUUGGUGCUGCUGGUCACGCUGACUGCCUCUGCUCACGUCUCCAUUGCCGACUUGUCCGUCACACCGCUGGAUGACCCGCAGGAGCGAAGGGAGAUACUCAAACGAUACGGUGUUUUAAAGUCAUUCUCUAAUUUGAAAGACGUGGGCAUCGUGCAGGUGAAGGUGAUGAGAGCGGAAGGACUCAUGGCUGCAGACGUAACCGGUAAGAGUGACCCAUUCUGUGUGUUGGAGCUGAAUAACGACCGACUACAGACUCAUACUGUUUACAAGAACCUGAAUCCAGAGUGGAACAAAGCCUUCACCUUUAACGUCAAAGACAUUCACUCGGUGUUGGAGGUGACGGUGUUUGACGAGGACAGAGACAGGAGUGCUGACUUCCUGGGAAAAGUGGCCAUCCCCUUAUUACAUAUCCGUAACGGUGAGCAGAAGAGCUACGUGCUGAAAAAUAAGGAGCUGACAGGACCAACUAAAGGAGUCAUUUACCUGGAGAUUGAUGUCAUCUUCAACACUGUUAAAGCUGCUUUGAGAGCGGUCGUCCCCGCAGAGCAGAAAUACAUCGAGGAAGAACCUAAAGUCUCCAAGCAUUUGCUGCAGCAGAACUUUAACCGUGUGAAGAGGUGCAUCAUGGUCCUGAUCAGCUACGGGACGUACAUCAACAGCUGCUUUGAGUGGGAGUCUACACAGAGGAGCAUCAUCUCCUUUGUGCUGUUUGUGGUGGUGGUGUGGAACUUUGAGCUCUACAUGUUGCCGCUGGCUCUGCUGCUGCUGCUCGUCUGGAACUACUUCUUCUCCUCGAGCAGAGACACAACCGACAUGUCCAUGGAGGCCAUGUUUGAAUGGGAAGAUGACGAAGAGGAUAAAGAGGACAAGGAGUCAGAGCACAAGGGCUUCAUAGAUAAACUGUACGCCAUCCAGGACGUGUUCAUCAGUGUUCAGAGCGCUCUGGAUGAGGUGGCGUCGUAUGGAGAGAGGAUAAAGAACACCGUUAACUGGACAGUGCCUUUUCUGAGCUGGUUGGCGAUCGCUGCCUUAUGUUCGGCCACAGUUCUUCUCUACCUCAUUCCCCUUCGAUACCUUGUGUUGGCAUGGGGCGUGAAUAAGUUCACCAAGAAGCUGCGUGAUCCGUACAUGAUCGACAACAACGAGCUUCUGGACUUCCUGUCCAGAGUUCCAUCUGAUGUUCAAGUGAUGCAUUACCGUGAGCUGAAGGUGGACCCCGGACAAAGUCCCAGCAAACGCCGGAGGACAAACCUGAGCUAGCCGCCGCUCAUCAUCGGCCCUCUCUCCUGUAAACACUGUAAACUACGUCAUUUAUAUAUUUUCUGUAUAUUUGGAUUAUUAUGAAAAGUUGUAACAGUUGAGUUGUUUCUGUUUUGUUACUGUGGAAAAGUUUAUUUUCUAAAUCUUGUAAAGAAAAGCUGGUAAUGUUUUUUAAUCUGUUUUAAAACACUCCACACACACACACACACACACAGUGUGUGUACGUGGUGAUACUGUAUGUUAUGAAUGUGUAUAUCACACACACAGUAUGCAUGUAUGAAGGUGUGCUGAUGUUGCAUGGAAUCCUUUUUUUAUUUCUUUCAACAUUUUUGUGCUGUUUUGAGCUCGAUGUGUUUGUCAGUGUCUGAUGUUACUUUACAGAUAAAGUUGCAUGUUUCCACUGUUACUCCAUGUACAACAGUAUUUAGACACACUCAGUAAAUUAUACCUCGUAUGAAACACGUCAGAUCCACGCUGCAGUUAGCAUGUCGAAUUUACGAACUGUUCCUUUAUGUGCUCGGUUAAAAAAAUAACAUCAACUGGACUUCAGUCUGUAGAAAGCAGAUGCUGCCACGGCAACUCAAAGUGUUUACUCUUUAACAUAGUUUACUUUAAUAUUAUUUUGCAAUUAAAGGGAUAUUCCACCUUUUUUUUACACAUAGAGUUCAGUUUAGGAGUAUCAGUCUAUCCCAUUCUCAUAAACACGAGAACGUUUGGCACAAACUUCCAUUUGAACUCAGCGAUAAACUAAUUAGAAUUUAGUGGUCAAAGGUCAAGGUCACUAUGACCUUGAAUGUGUCUCAUUUUUGUGAAUGGGAUAUCUCAAGAACACCUUGAAUUAAUUUCUUGAAAUUCAGCACAAACUACCACUUGAACUCAGCCAUAAACUGAUCAGAAUUAGGUGAUCAAAGGUCAUUAAGACCUAGCAUCCGUCUAAUAAUUGUUAACUGGAUAUCUUAAGAACACCUUGAAUGAAUUUCUUCAAAUCUGGCACAAACAUCCACUUAAACUCAACGAUGAACUGAUCGGAAUUUGGUGGUCAAGGGUCAAGGUCACUUUGACUAUAUGUCUGUCUUAUUCUUGUAAACAUGAUAUCUCAAAAAAGUGUCUGGGGAAUUUCAACAAAUUUGGCACAAACAUCCACUUGGACUCAAGAAUUAACUGAUUAGAAUUUGGUGGUCAAAGGUCAAAGUUACUUUGACUUUGUGUCUGUCUUAAUCUCGUGAAUGCGAUAUCUCAAGAGGGUCUUUGGGGAAUUCCUCAAAUUUGGCACGAACAUCCACUUGUACUCAAUGAUGAACUGAUCAGAAUUUGGUGGUCAAAGGUCACUAUGACCUUGCAUCCAUCUAAUUUUUGUGAACAGGAUAUCUAAAGAACACCUUGAGGGAAUUUCUUCUAUUUCGGCACAAAUGUUCACUUGAACUUAACAAUGAACUGAUCAGAAUUUGGUGGUCAAGGGUCAAGGUCACUUUGACUAUAUGUCUGUCUUAUUCUUGUAAACAUGAUAUCUCAAAAAAGUGUCUGGGGAAUUUCAACAAAUUUGGCACAAACAUCCACUUGGACUCAAGAAUUAACUGAUUAGAAUUUGGUGGUCAAAGGUCAAGGUCACCAUUACCUUGCAUCUGCAUAAUUCCUGUGAACGUGAUAUCUAACACCUCAAGGGAAUUUCUUCAAAUUUGGCACAGACAUCCACUUGAACUUAACAAUGAACUGAUCACAAUUUGGUGGUCAAUGGUCAAGGUCACUAUGACCUUGCAUCCAUCUCAUUUUUGUUUACAGGAUAUCUCAAGAACACCUUGAGGGAAUUUCCUUAAAUUUGGCACAAACGUGCAUUUUAACUCAACGACAAACUGAUCAGAAUUUGGUGGUCAAGGGUCAAGGUGAUACCUCAAGAAGGCCUGUGGGAAAUAUCCUCAAAUUUAGCAAAAAAAAUGUCGGAAAAUGUGAGACAUGUUGCACAUGUCUGCAUCUUCACAACCAGACACAGGGAAGUAAGUUUAGUGACGUUAUGCAGAGAAUUGCUAUGAUUUAAUGAAACUCAAGGGAAACUACCAUGAAUGGUCAAAUAUGCUGGGAAUUUGCCGUGAUUGGAUAAAAUCGCAGUCAUGCACAAUUCAUGGGGGAUUGGCUGAAACAUCCUAGAGGGGCUGAAUAGUAAAGCAAUCAGAAGGGACAUUUCUCUGCACUGAGUACUUUUACUUUUGAUAUUUUAAGUAUAUUUUUGUAAUAAUACUUACAUACGUUUACGUAUUUUCAUAUGGAAUGUACCUGUAAUCGUAUACAGUGUGGUAUCAUAAAAAAUCUGAAUACUUCCUUCACCUUGGUCUUUAAAGUUGACGUGGUUUGCACAUUUACUCAAAAUCACUUUACUGGUUUACAUAUUGUCCCAAUAAAUAAUCAUAUUUUUAAAAUUCAUUAAUGCAAAUAUAAAGAGUAUGUUAUAUUAUGUUGGCAGAUCUAUGUCGCAGUUCAUUACGUUUAUGAAGACAAAUAAAUAUUAUAAUGUUUUUCAUUAUGAUACAGUUAAUGCAUAAUAACAUAAUAAUGUGUGUUGUUUUUAUCUUUAUUUCUUUAAUUUGUUUUCAUGUUGGUAUUUCAAAUCUUCAUAUCCUGUAUUUUUUUAAAGAAAUAUCUACUUUUUGUCCUGCAGCAGUUUUUUUUAAAUCUUGAAUUUAACUUUUUGCCUCAAUCUCAUCACUCCAGUUUUUCUUUUUUUUUCUUUUUUUUUUGCUGCUAUUUUCUAUCCAAACAUUAGAGUGUACAGUCAGUGUUGAUUAAUGUCACUGUUCCGACGUUUAUAAUCUGGAAUAUUUCCUGUUUUGGGAUGUGAUUUCCUGCAUGUCUGUGUAAACUGUCAUUUUGUAUGUGUCAAAGUGUUUUUGCAUGACUGAACAUGAACUAUAUGCAAAGUGCAUUUAUGGACACUGAAUGUGAAGUUCAUCUUAUCCUGUAUGUGAUGUCCAGAUUCACCUGAGCUCCAGGUAAAAGGACUUUUUCUCUCCACCACCGAAUCAUCUCUUCUGUCAUUUUGCACAUGAACUUGUUUUCGUUUUCCUGUUGCAUCAUGGGUAUUUGCUGCUGUCUGAGUAUUCACUGAGACUGUAAUGAAGUCAGGACCGACUGUAACGACUGUGUAGUGUUUGUCUGAGAAAAUAUAUUUCUACACAG